AUGGAGACUGAUGCAACGCGCGAGGAAAAAAUCUUGGCUGCAAAGUCAAAGUUGAGGAAGUUUCAAAAGAAGAAAGCCGCGAAUACCUCAGCUUCGAGUGGACCAAACCGCAGAUUAAGUGAAGAAUCGAGUCGUACUAAGACUUCUAGUGUGGCCUCAGACGUCGGCAACGUACAGACCGACUUUCCUGAUACUAAAGCUAGCGAAUCGAAUCAGAACGCGGACAAAGGCAGAAGCCACAAGACUUCAAAUAAUCUCUCAUUGCAGUAUGUACAAGAGUACAAAAGUGAUGGAGAGUCGCAUUCGACGACAAACCAGACGCCACACAGUACUUUGGUAGAAGGAUUACAACCAAUUUCUGAGCCACACGGCCAACAAUCCACAAUUCCUUUAUCACAAGCUAUUUUUGAUGCAACGGUUGUUGAUGGCUCAUCCCAAAUCGAUGGACCAGUCACAUACGAAGAACUUGCAAACAUAUGUCAAAUGCAGCGACAAACAAUAGGCGUGCUUGUUGAAGAAAAGACUGCACUCACGAACGAGCUUCAGAAUUAUUCAGCCAUGGCGGAUCGAUAUCAAAAUAGCGAGUUACUUCUCGAAGAGGGUCAGUUGCUCGUGGGUGCAUUGCAACGAAAAAUUGCGGAACUUGAACAAAAAGUCCGCGAAGGCGAGGACAACUUGGAAGAAACUGCAAAGGAAAGACAAAAAUUAUUAGAAAUGGUGCAGUCAAAGGAUAAUAUUAUCGAGACGAAAGAUUCAAUCAUUGAACAGUUGACUGCUGAAAAGGCUAGAAUACGCUCAUCUUCUGAGGAAGUUGAAGCUGUUCAGAAAUCGCUUCAGGAUAAAGAGGAUCGUUGCGAAGCGUUGGAAAUGGAAUUAUCAGAUUUACGACAUCGCCUAACAAACACGAACCAGAAACUCUCGGAAGAGAGCGAGAAGGCUACUAAUGCUGAGCACGUUGCAAAAGAAGCUGAGAAUAAAUUAAGAGAUUUACAAGCACAAGUAGAAUCACUUUUAUCGGAAAAGGCAGAAUUGACAAAAUCGCUCGAAGAAUUGCAGCCUUCAUAUGAUGCUCAAAAAACUGAACUUGCAACACUUCGCGAAGAGGCUUCGCAGAUGUCGGCUUUUCUGGAAACGGUUUCUGCCGAGCGGUAUGAAUUCUCUACCGAGUUGCAAUCCAGCCAAGACAAAAACGCGAAACUAACAAAGCGAAUAACGGAUCUUAGUAAAAAGGUCGAUGAUCUUACACUAGAAAAUCGAAGUUGUAUGUCUCAGUUAGCCGAACUUCGGGAGAAAUUUAUAGAGAUAAGCAACGACAAAUUAUCUCUUGCUGAAGAAGUCGAUAGAGAACGAUCACGAACUGCUAAAUAUGAGUUGGAAAUUCUCCAGUACCGUGAGCGUCUCGAGCAAUUGAGCAUGGAAAUUGAAGACGAACAGUCGAGAUCCGCUAGAUUAUCCGAACAAGCAACGUUUUAUCGUAUGGAAUACGAAUCACUACAAGGUCAAGAAUUUCCCAACGGUGAAUCUUCUACAGACGCGGCUGAACAUGUCGUUGCCAGCGCAUCUUCAUCUCCUUUUGAAAAAGAAUUACAAAUUCAGUUACAGCAAGAGCGGGAUAAGAUACAAGUACUCGAGAGAAGGUUAUCACGACUUCAAACGGCUUAUAACGGGUUAUUGAUACAAACGGAUCGAUACGCGUCUUCGUCUCGAAGUUCUCGGAGUAGCUUUUCGUCGGAGAGAUUGGAAGAGGGUAGUCGCCGAUACUCUGCAGCACAAUUUAGUAACGAGUUUGAGAUUGGAAGGUGUGCUGGAUGUAUAGGAGAUGUCAUAGUGGUGUAG